AUGGAUGGGAAUAACUUUUCGGUUUUACCACAAGCGCUUGAAAAUCUUGUUAACCUGACUUACCUAGAUAUUGAUCCUAACCCUUUGACAGCAUUAGAUUCUGGAGUCAUGAGUGUAAUUGGGAGAACUCUCCAAACACUCCUUGUCGAUUUAUCUCAUUUCACCGCCUGGCCUCAUGAGUUGCGUUUGCUAAGAGCAAUUAAUAGUCUGACCUUAAGCAAAAUAACAUUUCCUAGACUGAGCGCAGACGCGUUCCAUGGCAUGGAAUCAACUUUGCAUACCUUAUCAAUAACGUAUUCUCACUUGGAGAGGAUGCCUAUUGCUAUUUGUCAUCUUCAGAACUUACAAAGUUUGACGUUUAGCAGUAAUGAUUAUCUGGAUUUAAAUACAACGGUUUUUGAACCGUGUAACAGACGAUUUAAUUCCGUUACAUCACUUAAUUUAGCUGGAAAUAAAUUAAGGAAUUUCCCAGUUGUCUUUCACACAUUUCCGGAAAUAACAUCCUUGAAUCUUGAUUCAAAUCAACUUCGAUAUAUCAAUGCUGACCUCAUACCAGCAAACAACCGGGUGCAGUCUCUGUCACUGAAUUACAAUAAUUUCAGCAGAAUACCUAACGUUGUCAACAAGUUACAUUCGUUAACAACUCUUCAAAUGUCAUAUAACCAUAUCGGUGCUAUUUAUGAUAUAGACUUACACAACCUCAAGGCCUUAACUUAUCUCUACCUAACUAACAAUGGUCUGGAAUUUAUUUCCUCGCAUGCCUUCAGAAACAAUCCCAAUUUGUACUAUGUACAGCUUCAAUAUAACCUUCUCCGUACAAUAUCUAGUUCCUUCACGACCUUGCACUCACUCGGGUAUUUUUACCUCCAGAAUAAUCAAAUCGAAUGUACAUGUGACCUGUCUCACUUGAAGUCCUGGAAUGUCGCCAGUAUUAACUCAUUUACUGGAAAUUGUGAUUCAAGUACUGAAACUUUAAAGCAGUUUUUAGUAAAUGCGCUUCCCGGUUGCCCAUAG